AUGACGAGAUCUCUUAAAAUUGAAGGAGAGUUCAGUGGUCCAAACCAAGCAGCAACUGCUGUUUCCACUGCGGAAUCGAAUAUCGAAAUCCUCAAAUCCGAAAUGUUGGAUUACAGUUUACUCUCUGAUCCCAAAAUCCCCAAAACUGAAGAUGUUGCAAACCCUGCGUUGCCAGAGAAUAUUCGGGAACGAAAACCGGAUAUCAAAACUCCAAGAUCUAAAAGGGGGAAUGAUUCUCUUACUCCAUUGAAAAGAAAAUUUCGGGAAAGUUCUUGUCACCCUAUCGAGGAGGAGCAUGGUGCUACUAAUGACGAUGGAGAGAAUAGUAGCACUGGUGACGAUAAGGAUCACGAUAGCACUGAUAAUAGCGAGGACCAUGGUAGUUCUGAUGAGGAUGAGGGCGAGGAGCAUAGUAGUAGCACUGAUGAGGAUGAGGGCGAGGAGCAUAGUAGUAGCACUGAUGAGGAUGGUAGUACGGACGAAGAUGACGAUGAAGAUGAGGAACUCGUUAUGACUUACAUGCUGCUGCUAAUGAUGGCUUUUGUUCUAACCACAAUGCAUUUCUUUCAAUUUCGUCCCUAA